AUGCUUGCUUGGAACAUGGUCCUUCUCAACCAAUCCGAUCCCACUGAGUUUAUAUUCCGUGUGUUCACUGCUGUCCGGGAACUCCAGCCUCUCCUCUUCCUCCUCUUCCUCCUCCUCUACUUGAUGAUCCUCUGCGGCAACACCGCCAUCGUCUGGGUGGUGAGCACACACAGCUCCCUGCACACCCCAAUGUAUUUCUUCCUGUGCAAUCUGUCCUUCCUGGAGAUCUGCUACACCUCCGUUGUGGUGCCCUUGAUGCAACAUUUUGGGGCCCAGAAGCCCAUUUCUUUGGCUGGCUGUGGGGCCCAAACUCUUGUCAUCCUUGGCAGCACCGACUGCUUUCUCUUGGCAGCGAUGGCGUAUGAUCGCUACGUGGCCAUCUGCCACCCGCUGCACUACGCCCUCCUCAUGACCCGGAGGCUGUGCAUCCAGGUGGUGGUCGGCGCCCUGGGCCUGGCGCUCUUCCUCUCGCUGCAGCUCACGGCCUUAAUCUUCACCCUGCCCUUCUGCGGGCGCCGCCGGGAAAUCAGCCACUUCCUCUGUGAUGUGCCUCCCGUCCUGCGCCUGGCCUGUGCUGACAUCCACGUGCACCAGGCCGUCCCCUAUGCCGUGGGCAUCCUCGUGCUGACCGUCCCCUUCCUACUUAUCUGCGUCCCCUACAUGCUCAUCACCUCCGCCAUCCUACGCAUGCGCUCUGCCGGGGGCCGCCGCCGGGCCUUCUCCACCUGCUCCCCCCACCUCACGGUGGUCCUGCUGCAGUACGGCUGCUGCAGCCUGGUCUACCUGCGCCCCCGCUCCAGCACCUGGGAGGAUGAGGACCGCCAAAUUGCUCUGGUCUACACCUUUGUCACUCCCUUACCCAACCUCCUGAUUUAUAUUCUUCAGAACAAGGAUGUCAAAGGUGCCCUGAAAAAGGCCAUUGAUAAAGAACAGCUGAAGCACUCCGAAGUCUUGGGACUCGUAAUGGAUACCUGA